AUGCAUUGUUAUCGAUAGACGUGAACAUUAGAUGUUAAGUUAAAAGCGGCCGGUUACUAUUCUUACAAAAAUGGACUUUCAGCGAAACGAUGCUAUGCUCAUGGAAAUUCUGCAGGAUCGGAAAACUAUUACAGGUUUCCUGGACUCCAUUUUCGGAUUUCUGCGACGCAACACCGACUUUUAUCACACAAAACGCGAUGAAGCGGAUAAAAUAGGCUUCCCCAAAGGCGUGAGGGAUCAGAUUCUAUAUGGCGCCAUGCAGCGCUACGAUCCGGAUUGCUUGCUACAAUCCCUGACCGCGGAAGGCGGUGCAGAUGAUGGAGAAACGGCUCCGCCUGCCGUCGAAGAAGUGGUCCUGGAAAGCGAAGAUGGUCCUCAGGACGAGGAAAUGAAACCCAUAGAGAGCCAGCCGCCACAAAAAGGGAAGGAGCAGUCAAAGUUCUCCCCCAGCGACUACAAAAACGGAGAUGUGUUCGAAACGCACUGCUGGUCACAAACCCUCAAGGAUGUGGAGGUGCAGGCUCUGCUUCCCAAGGAUCAUCAAACGGCGAAGAAGCUGCACAUUUCAAUUCAGGCCCAGCACAUCAAAGUGAGCAGCAAGCAUAGCCCAGAGACGAUCAUCCUCGAGGGAAACCUGAGCCAGCGGAUUAAACACAAGGAGGCGGUGUGGACAAUUGAUCAGAACCGAUUGAUCAUAAGUUACGAUAAAGCAAAGGAGCUCUGGUGGGAUCGGCUCUUCGAAGGUGAUCCAGAAAUCGAUUCCAAGAAGAUUGAAUGCGAACGCUAUAUAGAUGAUUUGCCGGAGGAAACCCAGGCCACCAUAGAAAAGCUUAGGGUCCAGCAGUUGGCAGCAGACAAGCAACAAAAUGAAAUUCAGACCUCAAGUCCCGACCAAGCUAUAAACCUGGAUCGCCUGAAAGCUGCCUGGGAUGCCGAAGGUUCGCCGUUUAAAGGACAGCCCUUUGAUCCUUCUAUCGUAAGAAUGAGUUAAAUUUUAAAAUAAUUAAUUAAGCUAGCAAUAGUAGUAAAAUAGUAAAAACUGAACCAUAUAUAUUUUUAU